UGAAUAGUAUACAUUUUUCAGGGAAUGGCACCAAUGUCUGCUGCGGAGAAGCAGCGGCGCUACCGAGCACGUCGUGAUGCUGACCCUGAGAGAAGACAGAUAUAUCUCAAUAAAGAGAAAGAGAAGUGGAGAAAGGACAGAGAGGAAGGGGGAAAAAAAGAAAGUGGCAGAUCUCAGUGAACGACAGAAGAGAGCACAGAGAAAGCAGUGGCGAGAAAGGAAAAGAAAGCAGAGGGCUAGUGCCAAAGGCAGGACAGAAUUUGAGGCUAUGAAUACUCCUCCCCUAAGUCCAGAAUAUUCCCUAGAGCCAGAAAAUGCCCCGCAACCAGGACCCUCAAGGCAAUACAUUGUUGGACGAAGGAAUAUUAGACAGGGAAGAAGGAGACUCAAGAAUGAAAUUAAAGAGCUAAAGGCCUUGUUGGAAAAGGAAAAGAGAAAAAAAGAAAAAUACAAGAAGAGGUGCCAGCGUUUGGGUGGGGAAAAAAAAUCCCCACGUUCUAAAGUGGAUGCACUGCUGCGUCAUGAAACAGUUAGCAACACAAUUAGGAAAAGACUAUUACUGCAGGAAUCAAUCAUUGAGGAAAUCAGGAAUAAAUACAAAAACACCAAAAAGGAACGAGAGAGGCAAAUUAUUGCAAAAACGACAAUAGGAAAAAUUAUAAAGAAAUACAGGCUACAGAGGGCUGCACAGACAGCUCUAGGCUUUUCAAAAAAGCGUGGUCAAAGAUAAGAUGGAGGGCUCAUAACCUUUGAAAGAAAGGAAAGCAAUAGAUUACCAGUUGAUUGCAAGCAGAAAAUAAAGGCCUUCUUCUUAAGAGAUGACGUCAGUCGGAUGACAACAGGACGAAAGCAAACUAACUCAAAAGAAAAUAAAAAAACAGAAACGUUUGCUAACUGAUUCACUGAAGAAUCUGCACCAUAAGUUUCUUUCAGAAACUGAGCAUCAGGUCUCAUAUUCUUGUUUCUGCACCUUAAGACCAUUUUGGGUUGUGGUGCCCACAGAAGCU